CACUGGCAGGGCCUCUGCUCAGCCCAGACGCUCCCCUCACCGAGAGAAAGGCCCACCCCAGCCGUCAGCCAUGGUGCACUGGACCGCCGAGGAGAAGCAGCUCAUCUGCAACCUGUGGGGCAAGGUUGAUGUUGGUACCACUGGAGGAGAGACCCUGGGCCGCCUCCUGGUCGUCUACCCCUGGACCCAGAGGUUCUUCACAGACUUCGGGAACCUCUCCAAUGCCGCCGCCAUCUGCAGCAAUGCCAAGGUCAAGGCGCACGGCAAGAAGGUGCUCACCUCCUUCGGAGAUGCCAUCAAGAACCUGGACAACAUCAAGGAGACCUUCGCCAAGCUGAGCGAGCUGCACUGCGACAAGCUGCACGUGGACCCCGAGAACUUCAAGCUUCUUGGCGACAUCCUCAUAACUGUCCUGGCCAGCCAGUUCGGGAAGGACUUCAACGCGAACUACCACGCUUCCUUCCAGAAGCUGGUCAACGUGGUGGCCCACGCCCUGGCCCACCGGUACCACUGAGUCGGCCCCCAGGAGCGUCUCCGCCCCCCCCCCCAGCCCCUGCGGCUCCUUCUGCAAAUAAAAGUCACCCCUGCAACCUGA